CGGGGGCCGGGCUUAGGGGACGGGCUAGGGGCCGGCGGGAGGCAGGGAAAGGUCUCAAAGAGGAGGAGACGCGGCGGCGAAGGGAGUGGGGGAGACUGUCCGGCGUGUGCCGAUAGCGGCUCCCGACCCUCCUGCGGACACCAUGGCCGGCGAGAUCGAGGAUCUGAACAGUCGGGAGGCGCAGACUGUCUGCGACGGCCUGGAACGCUACGAGGACACGCUGCGGGGCGCCGUCCGGGACAUCCAUGCGGACAUCCAGCUGUUCAAGCAGGGAGUAGGCCGGCAGGUGGAGGAGGUGCUGCGCCUCGCCAGCCCCCUGGCACACGCUGUCUCUGAGCUGCAGCAGGAGAACCGGCGCCUGCGGGUACAGCUGGAGCGCCUGUCUCGGCAGGUGGAGGCCCUGGGCAGAUCGGCGGGGCUGCCGCAGGAGUGGGUGAACGAGGCGGCGGAGAGCCCUCAGGUCGCGGGGCCUGGCUCGCCGGCGCAAGGUUCGGCCGACGGCGCAUUCUCCGGUCAUGCCAAGCUAACGGUCGCUGGCCGCAGCCAAAGUGUAGACCUGGAUGACCACCGGAAGCCUGAGUUUAGAAGAGUUUUUAGUUCUUCCAUCAUUGAAAAUGGGCAUCGAUCUUCAUCAUCAGGUCAGGCAAAAGCCACCCAUGAACUGACCUGUUUUGAGAUGUCAGAAUCUUCGUCCCCUGAAGCCCAUGCCCCUGCAGUCACCUUACAGAUGCCCCACCUUCCCGUUACUGCAGUAACCAGGACAUCUGAGAAGUUUUCAGGAGAGAACAUCUGUCCAGCAGGAACAACUAAUACAUCUUCUUGCCUGCUGGGACAGGGCAAGAGCGCAAAUACAAUGGGAGUAAAAUCUUCCAACCAGCCAGAGAAUGCUACUUCUGUCACCAAGCCUGUCUCAACUGUGAACUACGGGCUGCGUAGUGGAGCCAAAACUGGUGAAAGUGCCAUUGACAGCUCUCAGUCACCUCCUCCUACUGUGCAUCGCCAAGUUGAAAGGAGGCGAGAAUUGGUGCGGUCUCAGACGCUCCCGCGGACUGCAGCAACGCAGGCCAGGAAAGCGCUUCUUGAGAAACUCGAACAUGAUGGUGGGAAAGGAAAAGGAGAAUCCAGAGCUAAGCUGAAGAGAUCACUGAGUUUUGGGGUUGCCAGUGCUAGCAGCAUUAAACAAAUUCUGUUAGACUGGUGUCGCUCAAAAACCAUAGGAUACAAGCACAUUGAUCUCCAGAACUUCUCCUCGAGCUGGAAUGAUGGGAUGGCAUUCUGCGCUCUUGUACAUUCUUUCUUUCCUGAAGCUUUUGAUUAUAAUAAGCUUGACCCAGCUAACCGCAAGCAGAACUUUGAGCUGGCCUUCACAACGGCUGAAAAAAUGGCUCACUGUGACCGUCUGAUAGAAGUGGAAGACAUGAUGGUGAUGGGUCACAAGCCAGAUCCCAUGUGCGUCUUCACCUACGUGCAGUCUCUGUACAGUCAUCUACGAUGUUUUGAAUAAAACCAUCGACACCACUCCAGCCAGAAGGGUCAACUACAGCAUGCUAAUGGGAAGACUGACAUUUUGAGAAUGAAACACAGUAUUAUUUCUUGCUUUGCACUGUCCCUUUGCUUACAUUCAGCUGUGUAGCUGGCUGACUGAAGUAUUGCUGAGCAGUGCCCUGAAGUGUUGAUCACAUCACCAUGUCAGUAAUACAGAAAUAGGUUUGAAAAAAGACAAAAAGACAUAGGCAAAAGCAAAUAUUGUCAUUUUGGUGCUAGUAGUAGAUUGGAUUUUUAGGAUUUUUAUGUUUAAAGAUCACAGGAAGCAAAUGUACUUCUGUCUGUAAGGCUAGGGACAAUUUUAUGCAGUGACUCUGCUAUGAAGGUGUUCCAUCUUAAAAUGCAGGUAAAACUCCAGAAGAUAGCACCUUCAGUUUUACUUGUCUGUUGAACAUAGUAUAAAAGAAAUAGCAGAUGGACAAGGAAAAUUCUGUUUAGCAAAUAAUGACUUAGAAUUCACCCACUAGGGCAAUAAUGCCUCUCCUCCAACCCUACCCCUCUGGCAUACACACACAGAGAUCAAACAGGCAUUUUUGUUCUCUUAAAGCACAAACAGAGCAUAACCUAUUGUCUGAUGAGUGUGGUGACAGAUUACUACGUUACAUAAUGGCAUUUGUCUGUAAUGGUCACAUCUAGUACUAUUUGCUGAGAGGGUUGCUAAUGCCUCUACUGGCAAUCCUGGAUUAAUUUCUUGAUAAAACUAGCAACAGCUGGGACUGUUCUGAGAUUGUGUGCUUGCAUGGUUUUGGAUUGCAGGAAAGGUAGGAGCUAGCAAGGUACAAAAUCCUUUGAACAGCUGUAAUAGAAACAAGCCUGUAAUGUCCUUUUACCUGGACUCAGCGGGAGAGCAGCUCUUCAGCGUGGACAAGAGUGAACUCUUUUCAACUCUUUCAGUACAGAUGCUGAUUCUGAGGCAAACGAACAAUACACAAAAAAUAUAUAUGAAAGAUGUGGGAGUUUUGAAAUAGUUUCAAAAGCCUUGCACUAGUUUAAGUUUUCAGUUGAGUAUUAAAACCACAGUAGAGUUAGAUUAUUCCAGAUUUACUGGACUAAAAAAAGUCUUCUAAAAUUAUUUCUUCCCUAAGAACAGGCUCAUAGAAAGAAACAAACUGAAAGCCACAAAUUGUCUGCUCAUGCUAGAGAAUGUUUUUUAACCUGCCCUUGUGCUUUUUGUAGAUAUUUACAAAGAUUACUUUGGUUCUAUAUUGAUCUGUAGAUAUUUAGAAAGAUUAAUUUGGUUCUGUAUUGAUGACCAUUUAUAAUAAAAUAUGUCAAGCAUUCUUCAGAUUUAUUGCAUCUUUUUAGAAUGAUGUGAAAGAUAGCGAAGUAAAAUCAGUGAAAACAACACAGAGCUUUUACUUACAAGAUUUUUGUUCCAGUCAUGAUUCUGUAUGCUCUGAAUUUCAGUUUAAAAAGUACGUAAGUUCAACUGCAUUUGAAAUAUGAUUUUACUUCAGUCUCCCUUUCUAGUCUAGUUUACUUAAAAACCAUGAAUGAAGCAAACGCUUUGUUAGCAUAUAAAUGCCAUUGCCUUCAGUUUUCUACUUUGUCUUGAAUGAUUAUAAUUCUGAGGAGUAAGUGUGUGCCUAUAGCUCUACCAAAUGCACUGUAAGGAUAAACAUGUUGUACUCAUGUUUUGGAGUUUUGGUUAAGCAUGAGGAGAAAUCUGUCCAAAACAUUCUUACAGUAGAAUACUUUUUAUUGAGUAGCAGAGCCAAGGUCUAUCAUAACUACCACAAGAGGGGCAAUACUGGCUUAAUACAUCGCAUUCCUUCACAGUCCAAGGUCAUAGCUGAUUUUACUGUGUGAUGUGAGUGCUGAAGACGCAGGUAAGUGCUUGGCCAACUUAGGCCUAAUAGCAUAUAAUUAUAUAAAGGAACUUUUAGACUGUAAAAGUAUUGCCAAUUCAACAGGGUGAAUCUAUAUACGUUCUGUAAUUUACCUUGUUUUUGCAGCUAUCCACAAGGUAUUUGUACAGGUUUUCUAAAGUCUUCCCACUUCAGAGAGGUGAUCGUAAAGAUAUCUGGGACUUACCAGACACCUGUUUGCAAGAAAGUUGAAGACUGUAAGCUGAGUUGAUCUACUGAUGGUUUGUGUGUGAGGGUUAGGGAGAUAGCGCUAUGACAUACUUUUAGAAAACUUACAGCUUUGUGCAUUAGGAGGUCUGCUCUUAUAUGAAUAACCUCAACUACUUGAUUGUAUGAUUAUAUUGAAAUUAAAGUAUAUAACGUAUGCCCCCAA